GUAAUUAAGAAGAAGCUGACCCUUCGUCGUCGGCUUCCUUUGACUUCAUUAUUUCUCGCACCGCGAUACCUGCUACAACAAGCUUCCAAACUCCAUCGAAGGCGUUCUCUCACACUUCUUUCAUCAGGCGCAGUUUCCGAGACCUCUUCUUCCUCUGUCGCCGAUGAACCGGUGACGUCUGAGGAGCCUUCUGUCGACCAAAUGGGCCUGUUACUUGAAGAGACUGAGGUCUUUUUCAAAAAUGAUGAUGAUUUACCGGCUAGGACGGAUUUGACGAAGGAGGACCACGAAGAGAGGACGGUGUUGGUGGAGGAGAGCCAUAAGGAAAAUUACAUGGGCUCGGUGAUUCGAAGUCAGCCUGAAAAUGCAUUGGUCCCUACUGGCCAAGAUACCGAGGCUUCACUUUUCGCUAUUCAAAGCCGAGCUGGACGGGCCGGGAUUCGGGCCAGUAUGGAGGAACCUGCAAGUAGCCGCCUGUUAUUCAGGCCGGCUUCCAUGACAAUCAGGACAACUGUAUCUAAGGGCGAGCAAGAGGAGCAGGAUAGACGCACUUUGGAGAUGCUGCUUGGAUACCAUGCUCAACCGGUAGUUAUUAAGACAUUGACGGACGAAUUUGUCUAA